CAGCGCAAUAACAGUGCCAGCAAACGUAAACAAACCACAGCCGGCAAUAUUUUUGUUAAACGUUUGCGUAUUAUUGCUGCAUUUAUUUUAUUUAAUUAAUCAAUAUGCCCAACUGGAAUCAAAUACAAUCGCAGCUGCGUAGCGCCAACAAUCCCGUGGUGUUUUUUGACGUAGCCGUAGGCACAACGGAAAUUGGACGCAUGAUCUUCGAGCUAUUUGCGGAUACUGUUCCUAGAACGGCGGAAAACUUUCGACAGUUCUGUACGGGAGAGUAUAGGCCGGAUGGUGUGCCUAUAGGCUACAAAGGUGCCAGUUUUCACAGAGUCAUCAAGGAUUUCAUGAUACAAGGUGGCGACUUUGUACAAGGAGACGGCACUGGCGUUACCAGUGUUUACGGCAAUACCUUUGGCGAUGAGAACUUUACAUUAAAACACGACUCGCCAGGUCUCUUGGCUAUGGCCAAUAGCGGUAGAGAUACAAAUGGUUGCCAGUUCUUUAUAACCUGUGCAAGAUGUAAUUUUCUGGACGGCAAGCAUGUGGUGUUUGGACGCGUGCUGGAUGGCCUGCUGAUUAUGCGCAAAAUUGAGAAUGUGCCAACGGGACCGAACAAUAAGCCGAAGCUGCCAGUUACAAUAUCGCAAUGUGGACAAAUGUAGGGGGUAUAAUAUAAAUAUGUUUUAAUUAUAUGUACAGCGAAGUAAGUGUAAUAAAAUUGCGAUAA